AGACUCUAUUUUCGAUCAUUCAUCUUUCUUUUCUUCUCUCUCCAGACGUUCUACAGUCAGGUGUCCUCUCCUCUGCUGAGAACCAUCGCCAUUCAUUUUCCUGAGAACGCUGUGAAUAACGUGACUCAGAAUCGUUUUGACAAGUUCUUCCAUGGUUCUGAGCUGAUAGUGGCUGGAAAACUCCAACCGUCAGACCUCACAACGCUGCAAAGCCUCACCACCGCUUCUGCUGCAAACAUGGACCUGAACAUUCAGACAGAGGCGGAUAUUCAUGGGUUGGACUCUGUGCUCAGCACACAUCAACAUUCCUUCACCGGCUUUGCUCGACAGAUGUGGGCAUACAUUACUGUCAAUCAGCUAUUGGCCGAACGGUGAGAGAAAAACCAACCCUGUAUUCACUUCAAGAGCAGUUUUGCUAUAUU